AGUAACAGUAGUGUGGCAACGCAGCCGUAGAAACCAUUAUUUUGACCCUACUGUCUUGCCGUAAUCUCCCCCUCCCAGUAACGUCUUCCUGGACAAACACACGUGGAUUUUACUGACGCCAAGCACAAACAACAAUAACAUGGCAAGCCACGGACUCACCUACGAAGGCUGCAAUUUUCUCCGACAGCGUCUGGUUUUGUCCGCACUCAGCGGGAAGCGCGUUAAGAUAAAAAACAUCAGGUCUAAAGAUGACGAGCCGGGACUCAGGGAUUUUGAGGCCAAUUUUAUCAGACUGUUGGACAAGUUGACCAAUGGCUCCACGAUAGAGAUUAACCAAACGGGUACCGUUUUAGUUUACCAGCCUGGGUUGUUGUAUGGAGGCACUGUAGAACAUGACUGUAACCCGCAGCGCUCAAUUGGGUACUAUCUGGAGGCCCUCCUCAUGCUGGGUCCUUUCAUGAAGUCCCCUCUGAAGGCCACUCUGAGGGGAGUUACCAAUGACCUCACUGACCCAACGGUCGAUCUGCUGAAGUCCACAGCCCUCCCAGUGAUGAAGAAGUUUGGGAUCGACGGAGAGGGCUUUGACAUCAAGGUGGUGAAGAGAGGAAUGGCGCCUGGUGGGGGUGGAGAAGUAGUGUUUACAUGUCCUGUCCGCAAAACCGUCAGACCCGUCCAACUGACUGACCCUGGCAAGAUCAAGAGGAUCAGGGGAGUGGCAUAUUCAGUGCGAGUUUCUCCUCAGAUGGGCAAUAGGAUUGUGGAGUCAGCCAGAGGCAUCCUCAACCAGUUUCUUCCAGAUAUCUAUAUCUAUACUGACCACAUGAAAGGAGCCAACUCUGGCAAGUCUCCAGGCUUUGGUCUGACACUGGUAGCAGAGACGCUCAACGGCUACUUCCUUAGUGCAGAGAUGUUAUCCACGCCACAGGGGCAGGGAGACCCCAUACUGCCAGAAGACCUUGGCAGAAAUUGCGCAAAACUGCUUUUGGAGGAGAUAUAUCGGGGCGGCUGCGUGGAUUCAUCCAAUCAGAGCUUGGCGCUGCUCUUGAUGACCCUUGGCCAACAGGACGUGUCGAAGGUUCUCCUGGGACCCCUCUCCCCAUACACGAUCGAAUUCCUCCGACACAUCAGAGAUUUCUUCCAGAUUAUGUUCAAGAUUGAGGUCCAGAAGCCUUUAGAAGACGAACGGAAAGGGGGCGACAAGGUCCUGAUGACCUGUGUAGGCGUUGGAUACAGCAACAUUAGCAAAACCUUGAAAUAAAUUAUUUUUUCACAAGUGUU